AUGAAAGGGAAGCUCGCUCUGGCAGGAGGUGUUUAUCUUUUAAGUGUAUAUGCAGGCGCUCUUGGUUGGAGGGUGUGGAAAGAUGUUUCUGCGUACGAACAAACAGACGGACAUAGUAGAACACAGAGGCAGCCUAGUUCUGUGCCAAUUUAUAACCAAUGUGCUGACGAGUAUAAAAAACGCCUUCGUCGAGAAGAAUUCUGGACGGGUAUUAGACACCAAAGACGUUCUCUAGUUCGACAAGCAAAGGGUAAUGUCUUGGAAAUGAGCAGUGGUCCAGGAACGAACAUUCCGUUCUACCGAUGGGCAGACAUCAAGUCACUAACACUUGUCGAACCGUCUCAGCAGAUGCAACACUUAGCAGAAACAGUAAUAAGAAAAAAAGUACCAAAGAGGGUACCGUGUACACAUUAUGGAAGUGCACAGCAAGUCCCCGAGGACAUGCUUUAUGAUACCAUUAUUCAAACAUUUGGCAUAUGUUCGCAGCAAGACUCAGUGACAGAGUUGAAAACUUGUGUAAGACACUUAAAGCCACAGGGAAGAAUUCUGCUCUUAGAGCACGGGAGAAGCAAAUACGGGUGGUUAAACCGUAUCUUAGACGCAUAUGCCGAGAAACAUUUUCUUCGAUGGGGCUGUCAAUGGAAUAAAGACAUUCGGUCAAUAGUACAGCAAGCCGGUUUGCGUGUAGAAUCGAUCAAGCGGACUCAUCUUGGAACGACCUACUUAUUAGAAGCGAGGGUAACCCCUCAGACGUCAAUGAUUUAAAUUCAACACGAAUUGCCCAAAACGCCUUCAGCUGCUUCUCCAUCUGCUGCUAACCCGGCACAGUUUGGCUGGGCGGCCAGACGGCGCUCGUUAACACCACCAAGUGUCAACUAAAAAAAGAAAAGUGUGCUCAAAAGCAAAAGUUGAGACUUGCUGCGACAGUCUUAGAACGCAAUUAUCUCAUGGAAGACGAAGCUAGCUCGACGAACGCAUUGAAUGUGCGGGUACUUAAGUUUCACUAUCCUCAAGUCCAAUCCAUUGUCGACGUAGCAUCGCACGUUGCUGUCUAUCAAUUCGAUGUUCAGCUUCAGAAAUGG